UGCUCUCUUGUCCAAAAAGUGUAGAGCCCUAACUACCUCUCCAUCUUUCUCAUGUGCUUCUUUACUCUUCCCUUAAAUACACCCCCAUUUCCAAAAUUACCCACUUUCUUCCUCAAUCUUUACUUUAAACUUAACAUAGAAGAUCAUCAUACAGUAAUGUAGCUCUAUAUUAUACUCUUAUUGCCACUGGGAAUCACCUUUUUUGUGCUGUGUGUUCAAUAAGGUUGAUCACAUGGGUUAUCAGAUAUUCAGAUGCAAAUGAAAGAGACUGUUUCAGAUUGAAUCAAACUGUUGUAGGAGGAUUGAUGAAGAUGAUGAUGGUGGAGAGAAUGUUUACGGUUAUUAUAAUUUUCGGUUUUUAUGUUGUUGGGAAAUCCGAGAUUUACAUUGUAACAAUCGAAGGAGAACCGGUAACGAGCUAUAGAGGCGGUGUUGAUGGUUUUGAAGCCACUGCUGUUGAAUCCGACGAGACGCUUGAUGUCACGAGUGAUUCAGUUACAUCAUAUGCCGACCACCUCGAACUCAAACACGAUACUCUUCUUAACACGUUGUUCGAUGAAGGAACUUACACGAAACUCUACAGUUACAAGCAUCUUAUCAAUGGUUUCGCUGCUGACGUUUCUACCGAACAGGCGGAAAUGCUAAGGCGGGCCAAUGGAGUGAAAUCAGUGGAUAAAGAUUGGAAAGUGAGGAAACUUACGACACACACACCACAAUUUCUCGGGCUUCCAACAGGAGUAUGGCCCACAGGGGGCGGGUUUGACCGGGCCGGGGAAGACAUCGUGAUUGGAUUUGUUGAUUCAGGUAUUUUCCCACAUCAUCCGAGUUUCGGGAAUCAUAAUACCGAACCAUAUGGGCCUAUUCCGAAAUUCAGAGGAAAAUGUGAAGUUCAUUCGGAUACAAAAAAAAGUUUUUGCAAUGGAAAGAUUGUUGGAGCACAACAUUUUGCGAAAGCGGCUAUUGCAGCCGGUGCGUUUAAUCCUUCGGUUGAUUAUGCUUCGCCUAUGGAUGGUGAUGGACAUGGAAGCCACACUGCAGCAAUUGCAGCCGGAAAUAACGGGAUUCCAGUGCGCGUGCACGGAUACGAAUUCGGAAAAGCAAGCGGAAUGGCUCCUCGUGCCAGGAUUGCUGUGUACAAGGCACUCUACAGACUCUUCGGAGGAUUUGUUGCUGACGUGGUUGCUGCCAUUGAUCAAGCGGUUCAUGACGGCGUUGACAUAUUGAAUCUCUCGGUGGGGCCCAACAGUCCCGCCACCACGAGAACCACUUUUUUAAACCCGUUUGAUGCUACCCUUCUCUCCGCUGUUAAAGCUGGAGUUUUCGUUGCACAAGCAGCCGGAAAUGGAGGACCGUUUGCCAAAUCGUUAGUCUCUUAUAGUCCGUGGAUUGUAACCGUAGCUGCCGCUGUUGACGAUCGAAGAUAUAAAAAUCAUUUAACGCUCGGAAACGGAAAAAUCCUAGCUGGAAUCGGUUUGUCACCUUCUACACGUUUAAAUCAGAAGUAUACACUUGUUGCAGCUAACGAUGUUGUGUUGGAUUCUUCGGUUAUGAAGUUUAGUCCUACCGAUUGCCAGAGACCCGAAGUUUUGAACAAAAACAUGAUAAAAGGGAACAUUCUUCUAUGCGGGUAUUCGUUCAAUUUUGUUAUCGGUACUGCAUCGGUUAAAAAAGUUGCUGAAACCGCAAAGAGUCUUGGUGCGAUUGGUUUCGUUCUUGCUGUUGAAAACGUUUCACCGGGUACAAAAUUUGACCCGGUACCGUUAAGCAUACCCGGGAUUCUCAUUACUGAUGUUGACAAGUCAAUGGAGCUUAUAAACUAUUAUAAAGCAUCUACGUUACGAGAUUGGACCGGGAGAGUGAAAAGUUUUAAAGCUACAGGAACUAUCGGAGACGGGUUGGAGCCCAUACUUCAUAAAUCAGCACCGAUAGUCGCGUUGUUUUCCGCGCGUGGGCCUAAUAUUAAAGAUUACAGCUUUCGUGAUGCGGAUCUUUUGAAACCCGAUAUUUUAGCUCCCGGUGCGUUAAUUUGGGCUUCUUGGUCUCCAAAUGGCACCGAUGAGGCUAAUUACAUAGGAGAAAACUUUGCUAUGAUGUCGGGAACAAGCAUGGCUGCGCCGCAUAUAUCGGGCAUAGCAGCUCUUAUAAAGCAGAAACAUCCGCAUUGGAGUCCGGCAGCUAUUAAGUCGGCUUUGAUGACAACGUCAAAUACACUGGAUCGGGCCGAAAAGCCCAUUCUAGCUGAACAAUAUUCAGGGUCGGAUACAUUGACGUUUGUCUCGGCAACACCUUUUGAUUACGGAAGUGGCCAUGUUAAUCCCCGCGCUGCUCUGGACCCUGGUCUUGUCUUCGAUGCAGGUUAUCAAGACUACUUAGGAUUCUUAUGCACAACACCCGGAAUCGAUUACCACGAGCUGCUAAACUACACUCACCAUCCAUGUAAUUACACCCUCGGACAUCCAUACAACCUAAACACCCCGUCGAUCACAGUCUCCCAUCUGGUCAGAACUCAAACCGUAACACGAACCGUCACAAAUGUUGAUGAAACCGAGACGUAUAAAAUCACUGCGAAAAUGGCACCAGCCAUAGCCAUUGAAGCAAACCCUUCAUCCAUGACUAUAAGAGCAGGCACAUCACGUAAGUUGACCGUCACGUUGACCGUACGGUCAGUGACCAAGCGUUACAGUUUUGGUGAGGUUCUGUUGAAGGGGAACCGAGGGCAUAAGGUUCGGAUACCGGUUGUAGCCAUGGGCUAUAAGCGGUAGGUCGGGGUUUGUUUUGGUGUAAACUGUAAUGUUAUUCUUUUGUAAAACGGUUGGAAAGUAUUAUAAUAAUAUUAUAGAUAAUAGUAGGUGUAUUUACAUGUGAAAAAAGUUGUAAAGAUAGUAUAAGGUUACUUUACUAUCAAGUUUUGGUAGUUGUUACUAGUGCUA